AGUUUUCAUUCAGAAGUCAAGCGCGCGCUAAUCAACGCGUCUCGUUUCGUGUGGGCCAGAAAGCGAUUGCAACAGCAGUAGCAGCAGCACCAGCAGCAGCCAUCGGUUUUACAAAGUUCUUUGGCAACACAAUUUGUGAAAUAGUUCGGGGCCCGUGCAAUUUUUGUGUGCCGUUGUGGUUUUUGCAGUUUUCAGCUUGGCAGCUUUACAGUUUCCAGUGAUUUACCAACCGUCCCCCCCCCCUCGAGCCAAGCCGAGCCAGGCCAGCGCCAGCGCCAGCUCCAGCCAGCCGAUCGUUGCGGAUUUUUCAAGUUAGAUUGCUCGAUAACCUGAAUUAGCGCUGAAUUCCCGACACCGGAGCUAACCAGGUCGGACGCAUUCCGCGACUCCUGAGGGGCAAGACUUGAACCACCAAAUACCAAUAAUUGUACAAUCAGCAACUAGCACUGCAUCCUGCAAGGAUCGAAGGAUUUCACUGUCGCGAACGAACAGCAAACACUACACAGCAACACAAUGGCCUUAAUUAUGAAAUACAUCGACAGCAUAAGCAGAUACAUUGACUCACAUGGUGACUCGAGGACAAAGGACUGGCCCAUGAUGUCGUCCCCGUUCCCCACACUGGCCGUAUGCCUCACAUACGUCUACCUGGUCAAGGUACUGGGACCUCGAUGGAUGGAGAACAGGAAGCCGCUGCAUCUGCAGAACACACUAGUCAUGUACAAUGCCAUACAGGUUGUAUUCAGCGCGUGGCUCUUUUACGAGUGCUUGAUGGGCGGCUGGUGGGGCUCGUACAGCUUCCGGUGCCAGCCGGUGGACUACUCAGAUAGUCCCACAUCCCGGAGAAUAGGCAUUUCCGGUUGGCUAACUGGACAUUAUAGCUUCCGAUGUCAGCCAGUCGACUAUAGUAAUAAUCCUAGAACGUUAAGGAUGGUUCAUGCCUGCUGGUGGUACUACUUCUCCAAGUUCACCGAGUUCAUGGAUACGAUUUUCUUCGUGCUGCGCAAGAAGACCAGCCAGGUUACCACGCUGCACGUCAUCCAUCACGGCUGCAUGCCCAUGUCCGUCUGGUUCGGCGUCAAGUUCACCCCGGGUGGCCACAGCACCUUCUUCGGCCUGCUCAACACAUUCGUUCACAUCGUGAUGUACACCUACUACAUGUUCUCGGCCAUGGGCCCCCAGUACCAGAAGUACCUCUGGUGGAAGAAGUACCUGACCACCCUGCAGAUGGUCCAGUUCAUCCUGAUCAUGGUGCACGCCUUCCAGCUGCUCUUCAUUGACUGCAACUAUCCCAAGGCAUUCGUCUGGUGGAUCGGCAUGCAUGCCGUCAUGUUCUUCUUCCUGUUCAACGAAUUCUACAAGGCAGCCUACAGGAGCCGCAUGAUGAAAAAGAACGGAGCACUUGCGGCGGCCAACGGACAUGCUAAGCCCAACGGCUACUGCAAGAGCAUCAAUGCCCACGAUGACUUGGCCAUGCCGCAGACAACGGAGGCCACUGCAUCCGCGACGCCCGUGUCGAAGGCCAACGGAAGCACGCUGACCAAUGGUCAUGCGAAUGGAACGGCCAAUGGCUACAAGCAGCUGGCCAACGGCAAUGCGGCGACGAUGGCGACAACUGCCAAUGGCAGUGCGCACAAGGGCUCGAACGGCGGACUCCUGGCGAACGGAUACGCCACCAAGCUGCUGGACGAUGCCUCGCAUGAGCUGAAGCAGCGGAAGACGCCGAAAUAAUAUCGGGGCAAAGCGGGGCGGCGCCAGCACAGAGCUUAGGACAGCAGGAAGGCAGCGCCAGGAGCCUUCUGGGAGAGACCGGAGCUCCAAGAGUCAUUUCCACAGGCAUACACCACCACCACCACCACUACCACCAGCACACACACCCACUUCACUUGAACCAUUCACCACUCUCCACAUCGCAGACCAUCCAUCACACCAAAUUCCAUGCAAGGACAAACGCGUCAGUGGGCUGGGAGCAGCGGAGCAGCGGAGGAGGGCAGGAUUCGGGCUGCCGAGAUCCAAAUGCGAAGGCAAGACCACUGACCGAAUCCAUUCACGCGGACAUACAGAUAUAUGCUAAUAGUAUGCUGACCUGCAUACCUAUUGCUGCAUAUGGAAAUGUAUAGGCAUUGCGAAUGCACAUGCGCCCAUUCAUCGCUUACGUACUAUAUAUUAAAUAUGUUUUGUUGCUUCUUUUUUUCUUUAAACUACUUUAGUUGUACAAAGCUUACCUAUUCUAAGUGCCCCGAGCGGAUUGUAUAAACAGAAAAAAAAAAACAGAAAGAACCUAAACCGGCAUGAGCAAGAAACAGAAUUCAACUAAAUGGAAACAUGAACGGAAGCCCAGCAUAAACAGAUUUAACAACUAAAGCUAAUGUUGCUUACACUCGGUUUGUGUGUGAGCAUGGAAUUCAACUAUUUAAGUCUAGAGUUUAAUUUAUACAUACAUAUAUUCUUAAAAUAUAUAUGCAGAAGCCGGCAAGUUUUGUAAAUGUAUAGCAAAAGCAAAUGUAAUUUAAAAUUAGGCACAAUAAUUGUUAACAAAAAAACAAAAACAAAAUAAAAGUCAAGCAAAAAUAGUCAAGAGCUAUUUUACGUUAAACAGAAACAAAAGAAAAACCGAAAACCACAAGCGAAAGUAUUCGACAAAUUUUGUGCAUCGUUUCAAACUAUACAAAGAUAAACAAGAAUUCACAGGCUAUCAAAAUACCCAUAUAAUGUUUCAUUAAUUUAUUAUAAAUAAAUUAUGCCGCUAAACUAAAACCGAGAAGAAGGCUCGAGAUGGAUGAGUUCAUCUCUAGCUUAAUAUUAAAAAACGGUGCAAAACCCCAAAAACAAAACAACACAAACAAAAAAAAAAAACAAAUCCAAGCAUCCACACAACAUGAAUAUUAAUUGAAACAAAUACAAAAAUACAAAUAGGCGUAAACGUAAGAUCGAUCCACUUGAAACCGAGCAUUAAAAUCAGCAAAUUGUUGGAAUCAAAAAACAAAAUAGACUGUAAGUCCCCACACUCUAGGUUCUAUAGGUAUGCAAUUGCAAUACGUUUUGUAUGCGUAAUAGCCAUUUUUGUGGAGCAGCAUGUAAACAUUACCUAUGUAAUUAUUAUUAUACAAAUACAAAACAAAACAAAAAAAUAAA